AUCACUGCUGCCGAAUGAAGCUUUUUGUUACAAGUAGUAUGCAGACUAGUGUCAUCUUAUGUCAUGUCAUUGGGACUUCACGGCGCACUCAGCUGCUGAGUUAUAUUCUAGACUUAUACCCGGAUUAGGGACUAGACUAGACGUUAUAGGGAUGCUAGAGAUGUUAUAUCUUUGGGCCCGAAGACGCGCUAAACUUAAGCUGUUAAAACUGUUAACUUCAUUAUUUCUGCUUUUAAACUUAAUGUGGGAUCGGCUUUUCUUUAGUUGAUCUCUUUAUUGGAAUUUCAGGGCAAGAUGGACGAGGAAGGCUUGCGACAAAGACAACCGAGAGAACCUGGGAGCGACACGGAGCCUCUGAUACGGACCGCGUCACCGAGACAGAGCGUGUCGCUGUGGGAAGCCAUCAAGUCUGGCCUGGUCAUGUCACUGGUGGGCCUCGUCCUGCUUCUGGGGGGCGUCGGACUGCAGUUCUGGAAUGAGGGGCGGGCCGUGGACCGAGCGCGCGCGCUGAACGAGGGUCUGAGCAGCGCUAUUACCAUCACGGCACCACACAAACUGCUGUCCGAGAACGACGGCAAGCUGGUGCACUUGGUCGCCCAGAUCGACGUGGAGGACAUGCUGCGCGAGCCCGAGUACGGCAUCGCCGUGCCGGUCAUCCGGCUGAAGAGACGCGUCCAGAUGUACCAAUGGGUGGAGGAGGAGACCAGCAGGACCGUGGAGGCAGCCGAUGGCCAGCAGGUGGAGACGUCCUACCACUACUACAAAACUUGGAAGGACAAGCUGGUAGAUAGCUCGUCCUUCAACUCACCCUUUAACCAUGAAAAUCCCAGGUCCCUCCCUCUGGAGUCCCGGGUGCAAGAGGCGGCGACGGCGUACGUGGGCGCCUUCCGUGUGACGCGGGAGCUGCGCGACCUCUUCACCCGCUACACGAUCUUCGCCAGUGACGAGAGGCCGGCGGACCGGCGCAUCAAGCUGCACGGCGACAUCUUCUACCACUGCGCCAACAUCGAGGCCCCCAAUGUGGGCGACAUCCGCGUCCAGUUCGCAUACGCUGGCAAGGCGGGCGAUACGGUGAGCGUGGUGGGGAAGCAGGAAGGUGACGCGCUGGUGCCAUACCACACCUCCAACGGGCAUCGGCUGCUGCUGCUCCAGCCAGGCCGCCGCAGCCACCAGGACAUCUUCUCGGACGAGCUGGCGCAAAACCGCGCGCUCACCUGGUGGCUGCGCGGCGGCGGCUGGCUGCUGUGCUUUGUCGGCCUCAGCUGCCUCACCAACAUCCUGAACGUGCUGGUGAGCCGGUUCCCUGUGGUGCGGGACGUGGUGGCACUGGGUGUCACGUCACUCAACGCUAGCGUCUCGGUGGCCGUUUCGCUGGCGGCCGUGGCGCUCAGCUGGCUCUGGUACCGGCCGCUGCUGGGCGGCGCCCUGCUGCUGGCGAUCCUUCGCUGA